GUCCGCAAACAUGGCCACCAACAACCCCGAUUUCCAGCUCGGUGAGGUCUUCAACGUCAAGGACAAGGUAGCGCUGGUUACUGGCGGCGGUUCGGGCAUAGGCUUGAUGUCCACGCAAGCUCUCGCCGUCAACGGAGCUAAGGUCUACAUCGUCGGUCGCACCAAGGAGAAGCUCGAUACUGUCGUCAAGACGCACGGCCAGAACAUUGCGGGCGAGAUUGUUCCUAUUGUCGGCGACGUUACCGACAAGGAAGGUGUGGAGCAGCUUGUCAAGGAGAUCGCCUCCCGCGAGAAGCACCUUGACAUCCUGAUCAACAACGCUGGCAUUGCUCCCGGAAAGACCACUCCUGAUGGCGAGAACGCUGAGGAUCUCAAGAAGAACCUCUUCGGACCCACUAGCCUUGACGAGUGGACUUCAGUCUACGCCACCAACGUCGUCGGUCCUUUCUUCAUGUCUACCGCCUUCUUGCCUCUCCUCCAGAAGGCCACGGAGCACCAGCACGGCUACUCGGGUACUAUCAUCAACAUCACCUCGAUCAGCGGCAUGGUCAAGAUCUCGCAGGGACACUUCGCAUACAACGCGUCCAAGGGCGCCGCGAUUCACUUAAACAAGAUGCUCUCUUCUGAGAUCGCCAAGGCUGGUCUGAAGAUUCGCGUCAACUCGAUUGCGCCUGGUGUCUUCCCCUCGGAGAUGACGACUCAGGAGAGUGGGGACAACCAGAAGUCUGAGAUGCCCAAGGAGCACAAGGAGGGCUUGCCUUCCAGCCGUCCCGGCAACGACAGGGACAUGGCAGCCGCCAUCCUCUUCGCGGCUAGCUGCCAGUACCUCAACGGCCAGAACUUUGCCGUCGACGGUGGCUACCUGAUCCAGGUCGGCCAGUAAGCGUUGCCAUAUAGCGACGUCUGCUUCUCUAUUCCAGCGAUAUCAGCGAGUGCGUCUGGCGACUGGGUAACGAGUACAUGAUGAUUAGAUAACGACAAAAGCGAA